AUGGCGCCGUCUGCAUUUCUGCGCCCCUUCUCUCGGCUGCUGAUCCAGGUCCGGCUCCCUAGUGGCCCUUCAGCGAGGUCAAAGUUCUAUGUUCAGGAGCCGCCAAACAGCAAACCUGAUUGGCUGAAAGUUGGACUGACCUUGGGCAGCACAGUCUUCCUGUGGGCUUAUCUCACCAAACAACAUAAUGAAGAUGUUUCAGAAUAUAAAAGAAGAAAUGGAUUGGCAUAA